AUGCCGGCUGAAUUGUCGUGGCUCGAUUACGCCAUAUUCGCCGCCAGCAUUUGCCUAUCGCUGGCCACCGGCGUCUAUCACGCCAUCAGGAGUCGUCGAUUGUUGCGACGCGGCGGCGCGCGGACGGCGAAAGAGGAGUAUUUGAUGGGCGGUCGCGAGUUGCCGUCGAUACCCGUCGCGCUCUCGCUUCUCACCACGUUCCUCUCCGGCAUUCUGAUGCUCGGCGUGCCGGCCGAGAUGUUCCAGCGCGGCGCGCAAAUCUGGCUCAAUUUCGCCAUCGGCGUCUCGUCGUCGCUCAUCACGUGCUUCGUCUUUUUGCCGGUGUUUCACAAAAUGCGCAGCACGUGCCUACACGAGUACUUCAUUCAUCGAUACAACUCGAUUCUGAUUCGAAGGCUCUUCUCCGCCCUCUUCCUGUCGUUCACCAUCGUCUACAUGUCAGUGGUGGUGUAUGCGCCAUCGGUCGCCCUCUCGCCAGUCCUCCAAAUCAACAAAUGGUAUCUAGUUCUGGUAAGCCCCGUCGUUUGGACCGACUCGCUUCAAGCAAUUCUCAUGUACACCGGCGUGUUCACAUUGAUCUACAAAGGAUUGAUGCAUCCGCGCGUUGGCGGCUUAUCGCGCGUCAUGGACAUCGCGUGGCGAUCUGGCCGAAUCGCGGAAUUGGUCCGAAUCGAUUGGCGCAUCGAUCAGUACAACAGCCUAUGGAUCAAUCUGUUCUCGGGCACCAUCGUGUGGCUCGCUUCGUUCGGCGUCAAUCAGUUGGCGAUUCAGCGGUACGCGAGUUUGCCGACGCUCAAUCAAGCGCAAAACAUCAUACUGUACACGUUGGCGCCGUUCGCCGUCCUCUGCUCGAUCGUCGCGUUCGUCGGCUUCAUCGCGCUCGCCUACUUCUACAAUUGCAAUCCGAUCGAGAGCGGCGAGAUCGUCGAGGUCGAUCACAUCACGAUAUUGUUCGCGCGCGACAUUCUACAACCAACGCCGGGACUUUUCGGUUUGUACGUCUCGUGCAUCAUGUCGGCGACACUUUCGACGCUGUCGUCGGGUAUGAAUAGUAUGGCGGCGGCGAUUUACGAGGAUUUCCUCAAAUCGCGUCUCGAUGGUAAAAUCACCGACACGAAUGCCACUAGGCUCAAUAAGGUGAUCUGCCUGAUUUGCGGUGUGCUGUCGACAUCAUUGGCGUUCUACGCCGAAUCGCUCGGCGGCAUCCUUCGCAUCUGCAUCUCGAUAAUGGGCGCCAUGUCGGGUCCGAUGGUGGCGAUAUUCGCGUUGGCGCUCUUCUUCCCCAACUCGGGCGCCACCUCGUGCCUCGUCUCGUUCGUCGCCUCCAACGUCGUCUGCCUCGUCAUCUGCAUCGCCAAUUACGUUCAGGACCCCUAUCGUGAACUCUUCCUGCCGACCAACACCACAGCUGAAGGUUGCGGUCAUUCGAAUUUCACACUCCGACGGCCGCCCGCCUACGACGCCCAUUAUGGCGAUCCGACGACGCUGUUCAUUUCGAGAAUCUCGACGUUCUCCUACGCCGGCGUCGGAUUCGUCCUCAUGAUCGCCAUCGGAUGGCUCGUGUCGCUUCUCGAAAAAUCCGACGCGUCGCCGCCGGAGAAGAUUCGACAUUUGACGUUCGCCGGAAGAAACGAUCCAUGGCCCGAAUCUCGCCACGAAUUCGAUCAUUUUCUCAGCGAACAUUGA